AUGACCAGUGUCUCCGCGAGUCUCACGAAAACACAAGUUUCCUCGGGUCUUUUUGCAACAAUCGUCUCCAAGUGGAAGAUAGCGUCCUGGAACUCUCCCAUCUCGCCUAAUAUCACAGCCAGCAAGUACGUUGCAUGCCAAUUAUCAGGCGCAAUCUCCAAGGCCUUGUUGAAAACUUUUAAGGCUGCAUCCAAACGUCCACGAGCCAAAUAUCCUUCGCCUAAUCCAAUCCAGGAAUCGAUAUCUGCGGAAUCGAUACGCAAAGCAUUUUGGAAUAAUUCAAUAGCUUUGCUAUCAUCUUGCCGCUCAAGAGAUGAACAUCCCAACAUUCUGUAA